UUUUUUUCAUGUAAUAUGUGUGAUUGUGGAAACUGCAAUUCCAUGACAACGGCAGAUGAAUGUGUAUGCUGUUCAGACAUAUCAGCUGUAAGCUAUUUAAUGCAACCAGAUGACUUAAACUGCAUCACAGAACAUGAGGUCUUUAUUGCCAACUGCUUAAACCGUCAUGUGUUGCAAGUCAGCAUGUAUGCAUACAUGGAGCAUGUUGGUCCAUUUGACGACAAUGAACCCAUCAAUGAGAAAUAUAGGUUUAUGGCAUAUAGGAGAUUUGUUCAGUGGAUAUGGCAUCGCCUUGGACGUCACAACAGAAAGAUCUUGCCUGCAUGUGUUGUGAAAAAAAUUAGAGACAGUUUCCCGUCUGAAGAAUACUGUGGCUUCAAAUAUGCAGUUGUAUGAAUUAAGUUUGGACUGAUGACUUUUUGUAACUAUUUAUUUUAAAUGAAACACUUGUAUUUAUAAAAACAUUGACUUUUUGUCUUUGCACAGUAGAUCAACAGUUUUUAAGAAUAAUUUAAAUAAUAAAAGUGUACCUUUUACCAUUUUUUUUUAUUGCUAAAUAAAAAAUCAAGGUUGAUAUUUUUUCACAAUAAAUAACAUGAACAAAGCCUGCAUUGUUCAAAACUCAUGAAUAUUAUUCACCUGUAAAAGUUUACAAUGAUCAUCCACUGCAUAUCGUACAAACAUUAAACUGUUCUCAAUAAUUUUCCUCUAUCUCUGAAAGCGGGACCUGUGUCUUGCAAUGAGGUCUGCCUUUUGGAAUGUCUCGAAUGUCUGUGUCAAACUGACAGGAAAAUGGUUUUGAAGUAUCUUUACAUCCCCUGCAGCAUUUGAAUAGGACGAGCAGUCAUGUUCCUUCUGGAAACAACAGCUUGCUUGAUCAGCAGAACAUAAU